UAGCUAUGUCUUCCAUGCCCAUCACUGUGCCUUCUAGGCUCUCGCAAACCUUCAGUGUCCAACUCCUUCUAGCUGAAACUAAUGAGACCUUUUCACUACCUCAAUGCCAAAAUGACUUGACAAUGAAGAGGCUUAAGUCCCACUUAGAAUUACUGACUGGCAUCCCUGUUCAUUUCCAGCGGCUUCAGUACCUGGAUGCAGUAGAUCUGCCAGAUGAGUCGACAUUUGAGGACAAUGAUGUCGUCCCUGGUGGAACGAUUACGAUGCGCAUCUGGCAACAAGAUGGUUGGGGGCGUCUCGUGGCAGCUGCUGCAAGAGGAGACACUGCAGAGCUCGUCCAGCUGGGAGUUACGGAGGCUGCUGCGGGCACCGCGCCGUACGCAGCGUUCCUGGGCCCACAGCAGAGGAAGGCAUGGGUGGCACACCGAGCUUUCGUGGCACUCUUUGUUGCCUGCCACAGAGGUCAUCUUGAAACUGCCAAGUUUCUCCUGAGACACGGUGCUGAUUUGCAUUCUAAAACCCCGCAGGGAAGGACGGCCCUUCACGCUGCUGCUGUCACGGGUCAGUGCGACUGCCUGGAACUGCUCCUCCGCUUCGGGGCUCAAGCACGCAGCACGGACAGCGAGGGGCAGAGUGCGCUGAGCCUGGCCGAGCAGUGGGGGCAGCGCCGGGGCCGACGGGCCAUGCUCAGCUUCCAGCCCCAGAGGAGACCCCGCGGCCCUGGGCCAACCGCCAGCGCUGCGCAGACGCGUCCGGGCCCACGCACGCACUGACUUGCCUCUGGCAAAUGUCAAGGGACAGUCUGUAACUUUCCCAGAGACCCAUGCUUCAAAUACAGAUCACUAGGUGGAAUUGGUAGGUUCUUGUUAUGAAAUAAGCUCAUGUACUGGUUGGUGAUGCUGUGGCUGAGAUGACAGCUAACUUGACAGCACAGCUCUCAAACACGCUUUUAAUUUGUAGCUGAGGUAUUUAUAACAUUGUUCCUUAGCCAA